UGGCGCGGGAUCACGUGACGGCCUGUAGCGUUCCGGCUUGCUGACGUAACCGGCGGCUGGAAUGUUGAUACAAUGGCUGCUCCGUUGUGCAGGCUGGUGCGUCCGUGUGGCCGGCUGACCAGGUUAUUCCCCUUGGCGUUGUCCCAGCGCAGGAUCCUCGCUGGAGGGUGGCGGAAGGUGGCACUGGGGCUGGGAGCAACGCUGGCCGCUGUUCCCAUCUUACAGCAUCAACCAUCGUCUCUCAAUCAUGAAGAUUUAAUCAAACGUGCUGUCUCAUUGGUUACGGAUGGUGCCAAUACUUUUCUGUCGCAAACUACUCUUGCACUCAUUGAUGCUUUGACGGAGUAUACCAAGGCCGUCUAUACCCUGAUCUCCAUUCAACAGAAGUAUAAUGGCUUAACUAGCAAGCUAAAUGAAAAAGAAAAAGAAGCUAUUUGGCAGGUCAUCAUUGAAGCUCGUGUGAAGAUGAAAGAGAAGCAGGAGAGUUAUCUCAGUUUUGAGACCAAGUGGAUGUCCGCAGUCCAGCUAUGUGAAACGGCAGCAGAGGCUGCGUAUCAAGCAGUUUGUACAGUCGGCCCUCCUUAUCCGCAGAUUCCACAUGCACGGAUUUAACCAGCCACGGAUCGGGGAAGCCCGGAAGUUAUCUCUCCAGCACUCAUUACUUGAGCAUGCACAGACUAUUUUUUCUUGUCAUUAUUCCCUAAACAAUACAGUAUAACAACGAUUUACAUAGCAUUUACAUUGUAUCAGGUAUUAUAAGUAAUCUAGAAAUGACUUAAAAGUACAGGCAGUCCCCGGGUUAUGAAUGAGUUCCAUUCCUGAGCCCAUCUCUAAGUCGGAUUUGAAGUCAGAACAGGUACAUCCAGUCUCAAUAUCACCAAGAUCAAGGAGAUGGUGGUGGACUUUAGGAGACCUAGGCCUCAUAUGGAGCCAGUGAUCAUUAAUGGAGAAUGUGUGGAGCAGGUUAAGACCUACAAGUAUCUGGGAGUGCAGUUAGACGAGAAGCUAGACUGGACUGCCAACACAGAUGCCCUAUGCAGGAAAGCACAGAGUCGACUGUACUUCCUCAGAAGGCUGGCGUUUGUAGUGAGAUGCUGAAGAUGUUCUAUCGGUCAGUUGUGGAGAGCGCCCUCUGCGUGCUGGGGAGGCAGCAUUAAGAAGAGGGACGCCUCACGUCUUAAUAAGCUGGUAAGGAAGGCGGGCUCUGUCGUGGGCACAGAACUGGAGAGUAUGACAUCGGUGGCAGAGCGGAGGGUGCUGAGUAGGCUACGGUCAAUCAUGGAAAACCCUGAACAUCCUCUGCACAGCACCAUCCAGAGAGGGAGAAGCAGCUUCAGCGGCAGGUUGCUGUCAAUGCAAUGCUCCUCAGACAGGAUGAAGAGAUCAUAACUCCCCAAUGCCAUUCGGCUCUACAAUUCAACCACCAGGGGCAAGACAUGUUAAAGUGCCGGGGUUAGAACUGAGCUUAAGUUACCACUCAAUGCACUUUAGUAAACUAUUUAAGAGCUUUUUAAAAGCUAUUUAUUAAUGCUUUUUGGGAGGGUGAUUUUAGAUGCAUAUUAUAUUUAUAUUGAGCUAAAUACUGUAUGUAAUUAGUUUUGCUACAAUAAGUGUAUGGGACACUGGAAAAAUGUUGAAUUUCCCCUUGGGGAUGAAUAAAGUAUCUAUCUAUCUAUCUAUCUAUCUAUUAUUUAGUGAUAGUUAGUCAAGCGUUUUUCUUAGUAUAUAGUAUAUAUUUUACCUUUCUAUGCAUAUAAAACACUUAAGAAACAUACGUAUUUCAAUAAUUAAACCAUUGCGUUGCUUAGUAAUACUUGUAGCUUUCAUCAGGGCAGGACCUUUCACAUGCUCCAUUAAAAUUGUUCCGAUCGUUGACUGACUGUAGCCUAAAGCUUUUCCAAUGACUGAUGGCAUUUCACCUCUUUCCGAUCGCUUUAUUACUUCCACUUUAUUUUCAACCGUGAUCGUGAUUAUUUUCAUGAACGGAAACACCGCGGAUUCAGAGCUGCACCAUCAGGUCCUAAUGUCCACCACACUGAGCAAGUUAAAUAAAGUCCAGGGUUCCGCUGGAUCCUAAAGACCACCAGACUGCAACAGGUUAAAUAAGGGACUUGAGCAUCCGCGUUUUUUGGUAUCCGAGGGGGGUUUCAGAACCAAUCCCCCACGGAUAAGGAGGGCCGACUGUACUUACUUCGUACUUAUUCCACUUACCUACAUCUGUUCUGAAGCCUUUGAUAAUUUUGCCCAAAAGAUUAUUGGAUUUCACCAUGACAUAGGAGCAGAAUUUGCCCAAUUGAUCUAUUGAGUCCGCUCUGCCAUUCCAUCAUGGCUAAUUUAUUUCCCCCUCAACCCCAUUCUCCUGCCUUCUCCCUGUGACCUUUGAGUCUUUUACUAAUCAAGAACCUAUCAACCUCUGCUUUAAGCAUACCCAUUGAAUUGAUCUCCUUAGCAGUCUGUGGCGAUGAAUUCCACAGACUCAUCACCCUCUGGCUAAAGAAAUUCCUUCUCAUCUCUGUUUUAAAUGGACACUCCUCUGUUCUGAGGCUGUGCCCUCUGGUCCUAGACUUCCCCACUUCAGGAAACAUCCUCUCCGAAUCCACUCUAUCAAUGCCUUUCAACUUUUUAGGUUUCAGUGAGAUCUCCCCUUGUUAUUCUAAACUCCAGUGAGUACAGGCCCUAAGUCUGGAAAUUAUAAAUUAUAAUAAUUUUGGUCUGUAGUAUAAUCAACCCAUGCUAUUUAUUAUAACUUGCGCAUUUAGACUGAGGUGUAACAUUUAAAGGUUUUUACUCGUGUAUGUGAAGAAUGUAAGUAGUAAAGUCAAUUCAGUUCACAUCUGAGUGAGGGUUUCCCGGAGCCUUGGGCCGAGUGCAUUCUAAAUAACC